UAUAGGUGGCGCUUGGAGCAUCGUAAACAUGGUAAUCACACAGCAAGAGCGCUAUAAAACCUGCUCGAGCAGCGAGCCGGACUUUAACAUCACUCACAGCUGUAAUGUACGUGGCCAUAAAGCCAGAAGAGCAUUAAUAACUCAAUGACCAGAGUUUUAUGGCUUUAUCUCGUAUGUAAGUGGUAGUUUGUUCAGCUGUUGAGGACUCACUCGUGCUUUGAGCUCCGUGCCCUUUCUGGAAGAAUUUACUUUAUUCUCAAUCCUUUGCGUUCAUUUGUAACGUGAACUGUGUGAAGUAAGGAUGGCGGUGUCUAAAUCUACAUUAGCGAUCGUUUUUUUAGUUCUGGGAGGUUUGGCAGUUUUGUUCGGGACUGUCCUGGUGUUUGUUGGACCGAUUAUAAUAGACGAUCAAAUAGUGAAGAAUGUAGAGAUAAACCCGAAGAACGAUCUCUCCUACACUAUGUGGAAGGACAUCCCGGUUCCCUUCUUUAUGUCUGUAUAUUUCUUCCAUAUCGUCAAUCCUGAUGAAAUCCUAAAAGGAGAAAAGCCCAUGGUGAUACAGAGGGGGCCGUAUGUUUACCGUGAAAAGCGCUGGAAGGACAACAUUACAUUCCAUGACAACAACACGGUUUCGUAUAUGGAAUAUCGGCAGUAUUUCUUUGAGGAGAGCAUGUCUGUGGGAGAUGAAUCCGAUGUGGUCACCAUCCCUAACAUGCUAGUGCUGGGCGCAUCGGUAAUGAUGGAGAAUAUGCCGUUUCCUAUACGUAUUUUGCUCAGCACUACGUUCAAGACCUUCAACGAGGGACCUUUCUUGACAAAACCAGUAGGAGAACUCAUGUGGGGCUACGACAGCAAGUUGGUGGACUUCCUGAACAAUUAUCUUCCCGGCAUGCUUCCAUCCAGCGGCAAGUUUGGCUUAUUUGCUGAGUUUAACAACUCAAACUCUGGACAGUUCACCGUCUUCACUGGCCGAGAUGACAUCCGGAAGGUUCAUAAGGUGGACUCUUGGAAUGGCCUGAAAAGCGUGGAUUACUGGAGGUCUGAGCAGUGUAACAUGAUCAAUGGUACAGCGGGACAAAUGUGGCCUCCGUUCAUGAACACUGAGUCGACCCUGCCCUUCUACAGCCCUGAUGCGUGCAGGUCCAUGGAGCUGGUGUACCAGAGGCCAGGUGUGUCGCGUGGGAUUCCCGUGUAUCGCUUCGUCGCGCCGAAGACUCUUUUUGCUAAUGGUGCGGAUUAUCCUCCCAAUGAGGGCUUCUGUCCGUGUCGUCAGUCCGGGCUCCUGAACGUCAGCACCUGCAGACACAAUUCCCCUGUGUUCAUUUCUCAUCCGCACUUUUUUGAGGCUGAUCCCGUCCUUUUGAAAACCGUCAACGGAUUGAGCCCAAAUGAAGAUGAACAUGGACUUUUUAUCGAUAUCCACCCGGAGACUGGCGUGCCGGUGAACGUUUCCAUACGGCUGCAGCUCAACCUGCUCAUAAAGAGUGUUUCGGGCGUCUCAGAAACGGGAAAGAUAGCGGAGGUGGUGAUGCCCAUGAUCUGGUUUGAAGAGAGCGGCUACAUUGAUGGUCCCGUUCUAAACACGUUCCGCACUAAUCUGGUGGUGUUGCCCAUGGUCAUGGAGUACAUGCAGUACAUCUUCAUCGCUCUCGGACUCGCAACCAUUCUGGGAGCCGUGAUUUUAUACAUCGUGACAAGCGACAAGAAAGCCAGGAAAAAGACAUCCGUUUCUCCCACACAAGGGGAAAGCGUAAAAGAUACAAAACACGACCCGACCAAUGAGACGCAGGCUGAAAAAUUAAACGUGAAUGACACAGAUAAAAAGUAAGCUGUGUGGCCAGCCCUGCACAGAUGUGGAUCCAUCCAGCUCAGCCAGUGAAAAGACCCCAUUACUACAGGCCUCAACCAGCUAGAGCCCGCUCUGCACACUGCAGAUCACACUCAGUAUAAACUCUCAAUCCCACAAUCCACUGGGCAAUAAAUAAAAGUUUUUUUUA